UGCCCGCCUGGCAGGGGGCGCCGGAGCCCUCCCCCGGGCGGCGAGUGGUCGCGAGGGAUUCUGAGCUGAGGAGGAGAAGCUCAGUGCGGACCCCGUGGGCGGGGCUGUCCUGUCCGGCCUCCGUCCAGGUGCCGCGCUCCCCUGGCUCGGGUAUUAGGUGGCUUGGAGCCCGCACCGUCUCCAGGAGCGGGGACUUGGUACAGAUAUAUGCCAGCCUUCCUUGAGGGAAUUUCUGCAGAAGGAAAUAUCAGAUCAAGACACAAGAUGGUGAAUCCUAAAGCUGACGUUAAACUUAAGACUUCCAGGGUGACUGCUCCUUCAGUCUCCAUGGAGUCUUUAAAAGGUGCAGGAGAUUCAGUAGAUGAACAGAAUUUCUGCAGGGGAGGAAUAAAGAGUGCAUCACUGAAGGAUUUAUGUCUUGAGGACAAAAGGCGCAUUGCAAACUUAAUUAAAGAACUGGCCAGAGUAAGUGAGGAAAAGGAAGUGACAGAAGAAAGACUGAAAGCUGAGCAGGAAUCAUUUGAGAGGAAGAUCCGGCAGUUGGAAGAACAGAAUGAUCUGAUCAUCAAAGAAAGGGAAGCUCUUCAGCUACAGUAUAAAGAAUGUCAAGAACUUCUAAGUCUCUAUCAGAAAUACCUAUCAGAACAGCAAGAGAAGCUCACCAUGUCUCUCUCAGAACUUGGUGCUGCUAAAAUGCAGGAACAACAGGUAUCCAAUAGAAGAGGCACUCUCCAGUCUUUAUCAGUGGAACUGGAUGGCUCCUACUUGAGUGCAGCCAGGCCGCAAACCUACUAUCAAACCAAGCAAAAGCCUAAGUCUGCCAAUCAGGACUCAGCUUUAGAAGCCCUUGUGGAAUUUAGGAAUAAUUCUUUGAAACCAGCAGCCCUUCAUUAUCCCAAAGAGAUUGUGGACAAAGUGCCCUCAGAGACCAGAACAUGUAAUCAUGGAUCCCCAGGGAGAAAACUAGCAGAUUCAGUCCCUACAGAGAAAGCUCCACCAGAGGAAUUGAAGGUGAAGGAAUGCCAACACCUAAAGGCUGCUCCGUCUAGUCAGUGUUGUGGUCAUAGACUUUCUGGAAAUGCAGAUCAUGUUCAUGAGAGCCAGCCUACAAACAUGGCCCCUCAGCAUUCCAAGACAUAUCCAGAAUCGUGCAGUUACUGUGGGCUUUCCUGUGUGUCUCCAAUGCAUGGCCAAGGGGCACUGCAACCUAGUGAAACUGAAAUCAAAAAGCAGCUCUCAGAAGAUAGAAGGCAGCAACUUAUGCUUCAGAAGAUGGAGCUGGAAAUUGAAAAGGAGCGCCUUCAGCACCUGCUGGCCCAGCAGGAGACAAAACUUCUCCUAAAACAGCAACAGCUUCAUCAAUCUAGACUGGAUUAUAAUUGGUUAAGAACUCAAGCUGAAUUUAAGUCAAGAGAACUGGUUGCUCACAAAGAGAUUACUAGACCCCAAGAGUUCAAACUGGAAAUGAAUGAGAGUGACUCUGGACCAAGUUUAUUGAAGUCAAAAUGUGAUGGCUGGAUGCUUGGAACAUCACCAUCCAUCAAAAAUUAUCAAGACUCCACAAACAAUGGAGAGAAUAGAAGGGAGAAGACAGUUGGGUUUCAGUCACAUAUGGAAGAUGAUGCCCCAUGGACAUGUCAAAAGAAAGAUACAUGUUGGCCCCAAAGCGGGACAAUGGCAGGAGUUAGGAAAGAUGCAUCCACAUCUCCAAUGAAAACAGGAAGUCAAAAGGAGCUCGUUAUCACAACCAAGUCAUCAUUGCAACAUGACACCCCCCGGUAUGAGACCUCUCUGUUGGAUCUGGUUCAAUCUCUGAGUCCAAAGACUGCUCCCAAACUUCCACUGCGCUCCUCCGGAGAAGGUGGCUCAUGGAAUCACAGCACUUGCCGACUCAGUACUCCGAAAUCUACCUGGAAUAAGCCCAGGGCAGGCAGGACCCCUGAAGACCUGGAGGAAAAUCAAAUUUUAGAAGAUAUAUUUUUCAUCUUACACUGAAGCACAUACUGCAGAAUUUCCGUCCGAAAUGAGUGGAUGUCUUUAUAUACUGAUCUAGGAUUUUAAAUUAUUCGACUUCAAUGUAAUUGUGUCUCUCCUUUCACAGGGGCCUAUCUCACUAGCCUCCUGUGUUGUAUCAAAUAUAGAAAUCAUUCUAACAA